GAAUUCGAUCGUUAAAUAGCCUUACUCCCAAACAUCUGGAAACCCUUGGUAGAAUUGCUUGCCUUAUUUCGGCUUUGUAAGUAAACAUCGAGUCUUUAAGCAAUCUUCAAACAAGGAAUUUGUAUUGUGAAAAUCAUUGGCUAGAGCUAUCUGUACGAAAUAAUAUAACAAAUAAAUAGGAAAUGAAGUCUCUUCUAUUCCUAAUAAUUUUGCAGACAUCUCGCAUAAUAUAUGCACAAUCAGGAAACUGCGGGCAAAUUGUGGAUAACACGUGUUCAUCGUGUUUACAAAUACCUGGAUGUGUGUGGUGUAAGUCAGUGAACUAUACAAGUGCUCGGUGCAACACUGAAGACGAACAUACGAGGUUACAAUGUAAUAUGACAGUUACUGGUAACCCAGAUCCUAAACCAACGCUUACCGAAAAGCCACUUGAUGAUUUAAAUCAGAUAACUCCAAGAAAAGUUUCAUCGAGAGUGCGUGUUGGUGAACCCUUGAAUCUCAAGAUCGAAAUUCAACCUUCUGCAAACUAUCCUGUUGAUUUUUAUAUUUUGAUGGAUUUAUCUGCGUCUAUGGCAGACGAUUUAGCCAGUCUCAAAAAGCUGACCCGAAAUAUUUCAAUGAAGUUGAAUGAACUCACGAGCAGGCACCGAUUAGGAUUUGGUUCAUUUGUUGACAAAACAGUAGCACCAUACUUAAGACAUGAACGGGUUGGUAAACCGUUCAUGAGUGGAAAUGUUGCAAAAGACAUUCCAUAUGAUUAUAAACAUGUACAGUCCUUCACUGGUGAUAUAAAUGUAUUCAGCAAUAAGAUCAAUGAACAAAUAAGUUCCGGUAAUCGUGAUGUGCCCGAAGGGACUUUUGAUGCUCUGAUGCAAGUUGCAGCCUGCGAGACGGAGUUAGGAUGGAACCCGAAGGAUACGACACGUCGGAUGGUGCUUAUUGCAACAGAUGCUACGUUUCAUAUGGCUGGGGAAGGCAGGUUUGGUGGUAUUUUGAGUCCAAAUGAUGCAAAGUGUUCGCUCACCCCAGAACAGAACGGUGUUCGAUAUUAUGCCAAAGCUCUGGAUCUGGACUAUCCGACAUUGGAUCAAAUAUAUCAGAGACUGGUAAAAUCAGCGAUUCAGCCAAUAUUCGCUGUUUAUGCCACGGAUACAUUUACUCCUCAAACGUACGGGGCUGUCGUAGAUAACUGGAAAGGUAUACAAGCUGAAUUAGGAAAGUUGGUUGAUGACUCAAGUAACAUCAUCGACCUCAUUGAAAAAAGCUACAACAAAAUCACUUCCACAGUUAGACUGAAUACUUUGCCGCCUAAUCCUGAAGGUGUCCAGAUUACGGUCACGCAGAACGAGUGUGGUUCUGCAAGUCAAGACAAACACGUGUGCGAAAAUGUCAAACCUGGAAAAAAAGUAUCUUUCGACGUUACGGUAACAGCUACCUCAUGCAAAACUAACAAGACAAGUUUUGAGCUGAGUGCGUCAUCAUUUGGCAGAGUGGAGGUUGAACUUGAUAUUAUAUGUAGCUGUGAUUGCGAGAAAGAGGCCGAAUUAAACAGAAACCACUCUAGAUGUAAUGGUAAUGGAAGCCUCGUGUGCGGUGGUUGCGAAUGCAAUGAAGGCUGGUCAGGUGAAUUUUGUCAGUGCGAUGCACAACAGUUUCUAAAUAUCGACCCAGAUAAAUGCAAGAUGACGAACGAAACUGGGAGUCUAGUAUGUGAUGGAAAUGGAAUAUGUGACUGUGGUGUGUGCAGAUGUAAUUUAAUUCCGGGCGAAACGGUAAAAUACUAUGGGCAAUUCUGUCAAUGUAGUGACUUCAAUUGUGAUAGGUCAAACAACAUGCCAUGUGGUGGACCUGAACGAGGAGAAUGUAAAUGCGGCAAAUGUAAGUGCAAAGAAGGGUUCAUCAACACUAAUUGUGGUGACAUUGAUUGUUCUAAACGAUUGCCUAACUGUCUCACUGUCAAGGAUGGUGGAGUUCAAGUAAACUGUAGUGGACAUGGUUCUUGUGAAUGUGGUGUGUGUAAAUGUGAUCCAUUUUAUCAAGGACGGCAUUGUGAUGAAUGUCCGUCUUGUGCUGGUCGUUGCGGUGAUUUUAAGACAUGUGUCUUGUGUAAAGUUUUUGGUGUCACCCCAAGUAAUGCGACAUUGUGUGAAAAUUGCCCGCAAAUGGAUAGAGUACAAACUCUUGCAAACCUGAGAGAAUUGAAGCUUCCGGCGGAAUGUCAAGAGACAGAUGACGAUGGGUGUACAUAUUACUAUACGUAUGAAAACAAAGGAAACAAAACCAUCGUUUAUGCCGUGGAAAGCAAAGAUUGCCCCGAAGGUCCCGAUGUUUUGCUGAUCGUUCUUGCUGUUAUUGGUGGUAUUGUCGGUAUUGGUAUCAUCCUCUUGAUUCUCUGGAAACUUCUUACUGCUAUGGUGGACCGACGUGAAUACCAGAAAUUUGAGCAGGAUAGAGCUAAAUCGAAAUGGCACAGGGAGAAAAAUCCUUUGUAUCAACCAGCCACCUCUACUGUUCAGAAUCCCACAUUUGUAGGAUCAAAAAGCUAAAGCCUUAGCUUUGCAUUUGCUGCAUCCAUAAAAUAAAUUCUUUUCUAAAUGGUUGGUCAAAAAACAACAUCGAUCGCAUUGGUCAACAAAUUUACAAACAAGCCAGAUUUUGUUUUCGAUUUUUGAAUUUUUGUGUCGUUACAUUAAGGAGGUGAAUUGGGAUCAUUUCUGUUGUGAAUAAUUUCAUCAUAGUAAUAGUGUAGUAGACUGUUGUCGUGAUACAUCAGCAUUUGAAAGACUAAAAUAGAAGCUUAGCAGGUUAAUUUGUGUGUUGAUAAUCCUGCCACAAAUAUCUUCAUUAUUUUUUUGGUAGAAAUACUUUGAUAUAAAUAUUUGUGAAUUAUUGCCUUAUUAAAUCUGUUCUAUUCAAAUAUGAACAACUUUUCAAA